CUCACAUACUAUUCGUGGACCGCAGCAUAGUUUAGAGUUUUGGGCCUGCCACAUUUCGUUCCACGGCUGCUCUCCUCCUUCCGGUGGUUCUAUAUCGGGGAUGCUGACAGAUGUGCGUUGCUGAAACUCGUCGUCCAUCCCACAGGUUGAGCUACCACCUCCGGGCCCCGAGGCAACCCCUCCUCCCCUCCCCUCCCCUCCCGUGAGCCCCGAACGGGCUCUGCUGUGCCGAGAGCGACAGACAGCAGCGACAGGCAUCGAGCCGAACAAAGGCAAAGCCAAGGGGGAGAGAGAUUGAAUUGGCCGCGCCGGUUUCGGGGUGCCUCAUUCCUUCUGCUCUCCAUCCUUGAGCGAUCCAGUGAUUGCUGCUGCUGCUCUCAUCAUCACCUCACCAUCAGCAUCCUUCUCCUCCUCUUCCAUCCUCCAUCCUCGCAGCCCAAGCGUCAUAAGGAUUUACAGCAUCAGAGCUUCAGAAGCAAUCGAUUCUUGUACAAGUAUCCGUCCAGCACGGGUUCGCAGCUUUCGAGUUUGUGUUGAGGAAAAUGGUGUGAGUGUAGUUACGAGCCUGAGUAUUUCGAAGCUCAACAAGCCCCAACCUGAGCAAAGGCUGAGCCAGAGGCCGAAGCAGGAGCAGAAGUUAGCAGCAAUAUCACACCGUCGUCUGCCUGUCUGUCUCACGAGGCCGUUCUUCAUUCUGUUCUCAUCAUCAGCAGCUUCAGCAUCAUUGUGUCCAUUCUCUCGCUGUGGUCGACGAGUGCGAUUGUAGGAGCAGUGGUAAACUAUCCGUCUUCCACCUCACUACCAGUUGAUCACCUCGGACCCGACCCGUCUCGUCUCACCUCAGCACCCCCUGCUGGAGGCUCUCGUGCCCUCAGUCGGACGGGCGAAUUUUGCAGCAACAAAAUUUUCGUCCAGCGGUCGAGGCAGAGCAGGAGCGAAAUACAGUUGUCCUCUCUCUCUUCAUUGUGUGUGCGUGUAUUGUGAUUGAGUGCGAGUGUGUUCUGCACUCAGGGGUUCGGCCAUUGUAGCUGUCAGGAGAAGGUUGCCGAGAAAGAUCUUCGCAAGGGCUCAGACUGGAAGGGGCGUACGGGGCAUUUCUCAUUGUGCUUCCGAGCGUCAUUUUCUCUCCUUACAGCGUGGGCGGUAGAGGUCUGCACAACAACGGGAGGUGCAAUUUCUUCUCUCUGGUGGCGGCCACGAAGCUCUGUCAUCGGGGAAUUCUGCCCUCGGCUGGAUAGUUUGCCUCGACUGCGGGCCAUCCCGUGUGUGCGAUUGCACUAGAAAACCUCGGUCUCCCCUCGAGGAUAUUGUCAAAAACAUCGGAAGUGUGUGUAUAUAUAUCGGAAGCUAGAAAAGCGUGGUUUCAGUGCCUCCCAGAUGCAAUUGCACGUCUCGAGGUUGGGUUGGUCGAUCUUCUCUCGUCCGAAGGGUUAGCACGCUUUCGCGCGGCAGCAAAAUAGUUGUGGUGUGCAAAUUUCGUUGCAGGUUAUUCGCGCAAUCCUCGGUCGCUCGCUCGCCUUCAUUCCCUUGGCGUGGGGACUUGCUUCAUUCAUUGCCGACGUCUUCGUCAUCAUCAUUAUCAGCAGCAUCAUCGUCCUCGGGCUUUAACUGUCAGGCGCGUUGAGAAAUUCCGUACACGCUUAGUGCGAGACACCCGCUGCCCUCUCUGUUUUCUUCUGUUGGGCUGCCAUUCUCUCGUCACCCGAUACUUCGGCCGAGCAUCGGUUAAAUACAUCCCCCCCCCACCUACAUUCCGGAAACAGUCGCCGAACAGUCCGUGCACAGGCCGGUCUCUUCAUUCGGAGAAGAUUGUGCGGAGCGCACACUGUCUGCCAUGGCUUCGGAGGAGGAAGUGUCGUCCACGGGCCCGUGUAAGGUGGCUAUCGCCGGGCGGCCAAUUAGUCCAUUUUUCAGAAGCUUGAGGAAGCGCAAUACGUUGCAUGAAAUCGAGCAGCAGGAGGCAUAUGCGAAGCGGCUGUGCCUGGCCCUCGAGAGCGCGCCCAAGGUCGCAGCAGAGCGGCGAAAGGAGCAGCAGUCUACGGUCGUCAGCGCGCUUGAGUUUCAGCAUUACCUUGCGUCUGAACCCGAUGCCAGCAGGUGCCCCGAGGAGGCGGAGGUGCGAGCACCUUCAUUGGUAGGGGCAGGAUCCUUGCUCUCUCUAGGUCUAGGCAUGUUUGAGGAGAAGAAAGAUUCCACUGAUACGGCUCCUUCCACUCCCAAGCAGGAAGAGGUCACCAAACUCAAUCUGUACCCAUCGUCGCGGUUCGAAGAUCUUCCGCUCCGCGUGCUCGAGAACAUUGCUCGGAGGGUUUCCGCGGCCGAUUUGUGCAGAUUGUCUCAGAUGAAUAAAUUCUGCUGCGUAUUAUUCGACAAGGACCAAUUCUGGAAACUCAAAGCCGAGCAAGAGGGAUGCCGCAAGGCCAAACUAGACGAGAGCUGGAAGUUCAACUACAAGGCCGCAGCCUGCGGGUUUCUGUUCGCUAGAAGCCUCGACCAGUCGCCCCUCUACUACAAGGGAGACUUGACAGUCGUCGACCCAAUGAAGAUAUUUUUUAACGGGCGCGGCAACGAGAUGCGGCGGGCUCAUCUUCUUCAGCUGCUCUACCAGCACAGGUUCGAGGACGUCGUGGUCACCUACCGCGGUAUCGACACGGCCUUCAUCAGGUCGCGACAGGAUGACGACACCGCGUUCGAGGUGACCCGCAAGACCAAGAGCGUGGUGGGCGAGGAUUCGGCCAAAUCUCGCAUAAUUGCCGCAAUCCCUCAGAAGCUGGUUAAAAUUCUCAUGGAGGAGAACAACCAAUCCGAGCCAGUGGGAGUCUUUGUGGAGGGUGUGGACGGCGAAUUUCGAAGCAGUCGCGAUGGGGACUUCAUCAUCCGCUCUUCUGAUUCGAAUCCCGACAAAUCCUGGCCUUACGACCACGACGAAGUGGAGGAGGCGGAAGUCGUGUGCGCUUCAGGUGGAAGCUGGACAUUUUCCGAUGACAGCGACGACGAAGAAGAUUGUGAGCUGACCGAGGAAGAUCUUGCAAAAGCGUACGAGCACGAGGAAAUGAUGGAAAUGAGCUGGUUUGAGUACGAAGAGAGGUACAAACUCGGCGGCCGAGAAAUCUGCUGAUGAGUAGAUUGCGAAGCCCUCGAGAGGCGUAUAUACCACCUUCUGUUAAUACUACGGGUGCAGCAAUUUUGGGGAUUGUUGGCCACACCCCUGUGUCAGUUAUAUCGUCCUGCAGUGGACUUUCCUCCUGCAUCGAUUUUGAAUGAUCCCACACGAAGAUGAAAGAGGAGUCAAGUGUAAAGAGUAGGUUUUCAACUUAGUUGUUUUGUUACUUCCCUGGGCAGGAGUAGCUGGCAGGAUAGCAAGCAAGCAGCAGUGUGGCUCUGGAAAUGCGCGAGAGAGCAACGCUGAAGCUACUCCCGUUGCAGGGAAGAUACAUAUAUACAAAUUUGGGCGCUGCAAUCCGGCGAAAUUGCCCGCAACCACUAACAUCUCUUCUCUCCGUUUGCACGGGGGACUGUCAUCUGAAGCGAAGGAGUGUUAGACGCGUAGACUAGGAGUACUAUCAGAAAAGAGUAGUUAGUGGGCCGAGAAAAGUUUUGACAGAAAUUCUACACAAGCUAGAUUUCCCGCUUGACUGCUUCAUCGUGUGGCAAGGGCUUGCUGGCCAACUGUACUCGAUCGAUCUACCAUUGUGGAAAUUUGCCCUCGUGUCGGUCAGAGUGCGUGCGCUCAAGCUUUCAACCACCUGUGGCUCGUAUUUGUUAAUAAAAUGCGCGG